ACAACAAGAAGAAGGAAACGGAAACGCAGACAGACUUUCGGUUGUUGACCAAUCGUAUAGUAGUGUAGCAGAGGACUCUGCUUGUUGAGUUCUGAGCUAUUUUGAGUCCGUCUUUACGCUAAAUAUUUCUGAGAGCAAUUCGCUUGGAUCAUGCCACAGUUCAGCCGUCCGGGCUCUCGGAGUCCCCGACACGUUCGAAACCGCUCUCGCUCCCGCAGCCGAGAGAGAAGCAUAUCGCCGGACAGCUUCGGGCCCAGACUCCCGAGGCCCCGCGACAGGGAGCGCGAGCGAGAAGAACGAGAGCACCGACUCCGGGAAGCGAGGACCAUCAAGCGGUUCCGAGUCGGCAGCCCCCACCGCAGUCGGUCCCGAUCCCGAGAAAGGUACGCCGGUAGUGGUCAAAGUCACAGCCGCUGGUCCGAGCAGAGGGACGCUCCGUGGAGGCACGGCGGCUCCAGAGAUGAUUUUUACCAUGACCAGCAGAGAGACGAUGCUCACAGACAGAGACAAGAAGAACUCAUGGCAAGGCGGCUGAAGGAGCGAGAGAGGAUCGGCGAGCAAGGUUGUCCCGAAGUGUGGGGAUAUUCGCCGAGGGUGAAAGAAGAAGACUCUGAUGAAUUCACACCCGUCGAAGACAACGGGAAAAAUGUCAGCUCGGCGUCAAACUCAGAAGAUGAAAAGAGGAAGAAAAAGAAGAAGAAAUCCAAGAAGAAAAAGCACAAGAAGCAGUCAGACAGCGGCCUGGAGUCAGAUGGAGAUGAGGAUGGAGUAAAGAAGACAAAGAAAAAGAAGAGCAAGAAGUCCAAGAAGUCCAAGAAGAAGAAGGCGAGAAAGACCCGCAAGUCAUCAAGCGACUCCAGCAGCGGUGAGUCUGAAGAAGAAGAGGAGGAGGUGGACGCUGGCGAGGUGAUGUGGGUUGAAAAAGGCUCCGCCGAAGAUAACCUGGUGGGACCCGAAGCACCACUCACGCUCCUGUCUCAGGACGAAAGACCUUUAGAUUUUGGUCACGCUCUGCUACCAGGUGAAGGUGCUGCCAUGGCGGAGUACGUUAAAGCCGGAAAACGUAUUCCAAGGAGAGGAGAAAUUGGCCUGACGAGCAAUGAGAUCGCUGACUUUGAGAAGUCAGGCUAUGUGAUGAGCGGCAGCAGACAUCGUCGCAUGGAGGCUGUGCGUCUGCGAAAGGAAAACCAGAUCUACAGCGCGGACGAGAAGAGAGCGCUGGCCUCUUUCAAUCAGGAGGAAAGACGGAAAAGGGAGAGCAAGAUCCUGUCCAGCUUCAAAGAGAUGGUCUACAGAAAGACCAAAGGGAAAGAGGACAAGCCAUGACACAAACUGCUCCAUUUUGAGGACGAUGUUUGUAGGACAUUGUGUAAAUACCACCCUUUUUUGUAAGAUAGAUCAAUUAUUUGCUUUUGUUAACUGUUUUUCAUGUUGCAAAUCUGUCUUAGUAAAAUGAUUUAUCCAACUACCA